UUUCUAUUUCGAUUGCGCGUGGAGAGAGAAAGUCGAUUGAGAGAGAGAGAGAGAGAGAGACUGGCGGGUGGAGCUUUCCCUCCCACUUUCAAAACCAAAAUUUUUUGAGUUUUCCUCUUCCUAUUUCCCCCUCUUUCUUCCCCCAUUAAAAUACGGGAAGGGAGAACCAGAGACCGAGGGAGCCCCCACUUAGUGAAAUUAACUGGCGAUCUCUGCAACUCACAAAGGCCCAAUGGCGAUCUUCUCGUUAAUUUCUAUGGGGGAGACUUCCCCUCAAAAAUCCUCAUCUUGGGGAGAAGAAUCACCUUUUAAUUCUCCCCAUGCGCAAUUAUCCGAUUCUAGGUCUUCUCUUUCUGAUCCCAGGAAACCAGCUUCAACGGCAAAUGUCGCUCAAGGAUCGUCAGGUUCUCUCUCGUCUUCCCCUUUAAUGGAACCACGAGGUUGCAGUCCUCUCCAAGGAAAACCCUCUUCUUGUUCUUCUCAUCUAUUUCCUUUUAAGAAGCCAGCUUCAAUGGCGGAUAACGACCAUCAAGAAUCACCUGGUUCUCCUUCCUCAGUCACGGAACCAUCAUAUUUGAUACCUAUGGAAGGAAAACCCUCAGCUUCUGCUUCUCCUGUUGCUUCUGGUGAAAGACCAGCUCCCAUGGAGCACGAUGCCCUGGAAGAAUCCUCUGCUCCGCCUUCACGCUCAUCAUUGACGAAACGAGACCCCAUGGCGCUCAAUGUCCUCCAAGAACGACCUUGUUCUUCUUUUUAUUCUUUCAUGGAUUACAGGCCUCCAUCUCCAAUGGGUGCAGGACUAGUUAAUCUUGGCAACACAUGCUUCAUGAACGCUGUUAUGCAAUGCAUCACUCAUACUGCGCCUCUUCUUCUGAGCCUUCAAACAUGCAGUCAUGUUUGCCCAGGUGAAUCGGAUGGUUUCUGUGCUUUAUGUUAUCUUCGUGAGCAUGUUGAUUGGUGUUUAUCCAGAUCUGGUGGGUGCGUCCACCCCCGCUAUCUGGUGGAGAACUUGAAUAAAAUUUGUUCGUCGUUCGAAGUUUUUCAGCAAGAAGAUGCUCAUGAGUUCUUACACUGCUUUCUGGACAAACUCCAUGAAUGCGUCAAGCCUCCAAACGCUUCCUUGUCUAGGCAGAGUGACAGCUUCGUGACUCAGAUUUUUGGAGGCCAUAUAAGAAGCCGGGUAAGAUGCCACAAUUGUGGCCAUUGUUCAGAUACUUAUGAGAGUUCGCUUGGUCUGAGUUUGGAGAUAGACGAAGCUGAAACCCUAUAUGCUGCUCUGAAGUCAUUCACAAAGGUAGAAACUAUUGAUGAUCCUGAGGUUAAGUUUGGUUGUGAUGGUUGUAAGCAGCAAGUAUCGGUGGAGAAGCAGCUGGCACUGGACCAAGCCCCUGCUGUUGCUACAUUUCACCUGAAGAGAUUCCAGAACGAUGGUUCGAAUGUGGAGAAGGUUUGCAAGUUUGUGGAGUACCCAUUAGAACUGGAUUUGCAGCCGUUCAUUUGCAGCUCACAAAGUGACACUGAUGAUUUUCUAUAUGAUUUGUAUGCGGUUCUUGUCCAUUCUGGCAAUUCAUACAAUUAUGGUCAUUACUUCUGCUUUAUUUGUUCUUCACCAGACUCUUGGCACAGAUUGGAUGAUACACAGGUGAGGAGAUCAAAUGCUAAAUAUGUACUCAACCAAGAGGCAUAUAUAUUAUUCUACAAGAGGCGGGGUGUACCCUGGUUUUCAAAUUUAAUGGAGACUCAAAGAAAGUGUGAGGAAAUCAAUCACUCCUCAAGCUCUCCGAAGUCAGUGCUUGAAGAGUCAAAAGUGUCACCUCCAAGGCCAGAAGAAUGUAGCAGCUCCGGUAGUGAUACUGAUGUUGCCACUACCAGCAUAAGCAUCCCUGCCUGCCCCAUGGCACCCCAUCCUUUGAUUCCCAGUAUGCAAUCCAAACACAAAGAAGACCAUGCAAAAGAUCAUGCCAACCAAGACUUCUGCCAUGCUCCAAUGAUACCACGAAGUGUCAAUUUGAAAGUGGGGAUGACCCCAAUGCCCACUUCUCAACCAAAAGAAAGCUCAUCAACGCCUGAGUCUCUACCAAAAGAAAGCUUACCAAUAACCCAGUCUCGAUCAAAAGAGAGCUUACUGACCCCUGGCCCUCGACCGAAUGAGAGCCCAGUGAUUAGUACAUCAGUGAAGAAGCUCUUGGAUAAAAUGCCUAUGGGACGAAGGUCAGGAUUAACUAGAUGCUUAAUGGAUAGUGAGCCUCGCAGUGAUGGUGCUCUCAUGAACAGUAAAAAGCGAAAGGUAAGCUCAAGCUCUCCACCUUGGAAGUUGACCGAUUUGACCCUUGAGGAGAGGAAUAUGGAGAGUGGCGUAUCAUAUCCAGGCUUAAGCCCGCGCUCGCUGAGGCGAGCAUGCUCCAAGGCCAAGGCCAUUGACACUGGCACAAUUCUCGACUUUGAAUGUGAACUCACAAGGUGAGGUGUUGUUCAUAGUUGUCUUGAAUGGAAUUUUUUUUUCCAUUUUUUUUUUCUUUUUAAUUCUUGUCUGGACAGAGGCUCAAGUGGUUAGUUCUGAUUUCUAAGCAAUUUUAGGAUAUAUUUUUUUAAUUUGUUGUAAUGGAAGGUGACUAUUCUUUGUUCUUCACCUGUUUCUUGGGGGUCAUCGCGGUGCUGCUUCCAUUUUGUAAAUUCUCUUCCUCAUUAAGUUUAAUGAAUUGGAAAAACUGAUUUGUUACAUGUUA